AUGCCCAUCUCAUUACUACCCGCUUCGGCCGCUGCCUUUGCGCCACGAUCAAACGUCAACGUCGUCCUGGCAUCAAAACCUGAGCCAUGGUUAACACAGACUCUCAAGAGGGUGAACCGGGUGAAGCGUCCAUUGAACAGCGUACAGCAACACACGCGCUGUCUGACAGAAACACUCUCGGGACCAAACGCUAUGUGGUCAUUGUGUUCGAUCAUGGUACCAAAGGCCCCGGAUUCCGAACUGCGCAAAGACUCGAAUCCUUUGGUCGAGGCCCUGUUCAACUACCAGCUCAUCCACAUUGAGGCCUACGUGGUACAUGUCGACAUGGUUUCACAACAUGAGGUUGCAUUCAAGCUUACACCAGAGACCAUUGAAGCGCUUAUCGAGUACCACAAGGACAUCUACUCGGUCGACGUGUCUGCCAGCACAUGGGAAUGGGCCGAGAAGGAGCAACAGCUGAAGAAACUUCAGGAGGGAUUCGUUCAGGCCGUCAACCGCUACGUAUUCCGAACUGGGGUGCGGGCCCUGGAGGGACUCGAGGAGGAUGGCGCCGGGGAGCUGCUCGAGGGAAGAGGAGAGGACGUCAAGAAUGCCAUCAUGGGCUUGUUCCUCCCGCUCCUACCUCCUCCACCCAGGAUCGUCGACGUCGUACGAUCGGCCCCUCUGCUUCCGAGCUCGCCCGGAUCUGCCAACUGGUGGGCGCCAACACAGCACAUGCCACAGUCGCACUCUGCAUCCAUGGACUCAUGGAGAGUGGUCCCAUCGACACCCAGUCCCACCAUUACGACUUGCAGUGAGACCGGACCGUCCUUCUGGAGCACUAUGGGUACCAUGGGCUUCGAGGCCAUCCAGCUACCAUCCCCGACGCCAUCCUUUAGCCAACCAUACAAUUGCACGAGCCCGUACACAUCAAGUUCGUACUACAGCCCACCCCCAGCAUCUGCACCGAUACCUGCUUUGCCUCUGCCAAGUGUUUUGGCCCAGCAGUGCGGGUCGAGCGCCGCCAUGCACCACAGCUAUGGCGGCUUCGGAUGGGAGACGGGAUUCGCACCACAGUACGCCGCUUUCACCUAA